AUGGGGAUGGGUAUUGCCUCCCUGGUCUCCUCCCAACAACAGUCUGCACAGUUCACCCAGCUUAGCCUCACGGUGGACAGAGACAUUCAGGAACUACAAAAAGGCUUGAGAAACUUAAAAGAUUACUUAGUCUCCUUGUGUGAGAUUGAUUCUGCUUUAAAAUCAGUUGCAGUCCACUACCAUCAGCUAGACAUCCAAGACUCAGCAGAAGAUCUCUCUUCCACUGAUGCAGAGAGAGCAGCUGGCCACUUCAGUUCUCCACCCUUGCUGCAGAUGCAGAGCCUUCUUGGUUCCAUAGGCUGUGGAGAUGUCAAUACUAGGAGGAGCCUUGUUCUGAAGUCGAGUCACUUUAGGCUUGCAAAAUCAAGACCCCUGUGGUACACUGUGAACCAUGCCCCCGUGUUCAUCCUUGGUGGCUUUUAUGAUGAAAAGGCCAUCCUGUUCUCAGAUUCCAAUUUCCAGGACUAUGUUUUCUUGGAGGUGAGUGAUAGCAGGAACUACAAGGUGAUCUCCUUCACCUACACGUGCCCUUUCAAGGAGGCUCAUGUAGUUGAUGUGCUCAAAAAACAACAUGCAUCACGCACAGAGAGCUAUGUUGCUCUGCCACCCCUGGUCUCUGAAUCCUUGGGCUUACACAACAAUGACACACUCGCUGUCUAUCAAGGCCUCGUCUUUUACUUGCUGUGGCUGCACUCCAAGUAUGAUAAGCCCUAUGCAGACCCAGUGCAUGAUCCCACUUGGCGCUGGUGGCAACACAAAACAAAGGACAAGGAUUACUUCUUUUACCUGUUCAGCAACCGGCUGGCAGCAGAAGGCAUAUACAUCAACAUGAACGCCUACCAAAAACUCUACAACAUGUCGGGCGACCAUGGAAUGCCUGAUCUUGUCUUCCUAGACAAGGGCAACUGGUUCACCUUCACUGUGGUCUUAUUGUCACAUGAGAAUACCUUCACAAGCUCUGAUAGCCAAGGACCCACUAUUAAUGUGGACAAGAAGCUGGCAAUGAGUGUGACAAUAGCGGAUCCUGAGUGCCUUUCAGUAAUUAUGACUCAGGAGGUCCUUCUUAAUCGCAACACAGUGAUCAACAAGAUUAAAGUCACAGAUAAAAAGAGGUGCUCUGAACAGGGCAUGACUGGACGUAACAUCAAGAAGACAUCGUUUAUGGUCAAGGCCUUGGGCGCUCCUGGAAAUUGCAUCCAGAGAACAAAACUUGGGGCAAUUAUUCGAGGAAUCAGGCUGGUACCAAUAUUCAUCGGCUGUCCACCUGGCAAGCGCUUGGCCUUCGAUGUGUCCUACACGAUUAUGCGUUCCGAGGAGAUAAACAAGCACUAUUUCGACUGUGUGAUUAAGGACGCCGAGAUGCCAUGCUUCCUCUUUCGUGACUUAUUCCAGCCCUUCUUCUUAGUCCAAGACUUGGUGACUGGAGACUCUGGCAGUUUCUUGGGCAGUUACGUGCUGAAGGUGGUGGGCGGUGGCCUCACACUGGACACCAUCAGAGACUACACGGAGGAAGAAAUCUUCCGUUACAACAGCCCGCUGGACACAACGAAUAGCCUCAUCUGGAAAACAAAGGUCGAAAGGACCACCGAGGACAAAAAGUUCUACAUAAUGUCCCACCAGAGCCCUGGAGUCGAGUGGCUGUGUUUNGAGAAUUCCCCUUGCUAUGACAUCAUCCCCCAAAGCAUCUACCCACCUGAGUUCUUCUUCAAGUUGUUAGUGAGCAAUAGAGGUGUAGACAAUAGCACAUACUGUGACUACNAGCUNACCUUUAUAGUGCACAUCCAUGGGCUACCACUCAGCAGCAAGCGGUCCUCCUUCAUUGUUAUGGUGUCUACCAGCUUCUUUAUAGCCCUGGUUGUCUUCUACAUCCUGUUCUGCCUCCUGUGGCCUCACAUAGUGAAGGCCUGGGUCUCAUUACGCUGGAGGAUUAACAACAUCAUGGCAUCAGAGUCCUAUUAUACUUAUGCCUCCUCCACUGCGGGCUUCAGCCUCCAGUCUCACAGCUUAGAGGGAAGUUUAAAGGGUCCCUCCAGAGCUGGUUCCAAAGAGGACAAUGUUCAAGCUAAGAAAGCAUAG